UAUAAAGGAGGCGCUGUGCCAAGGGGGCCAGACGCUGCUGGACGGCCACAGGCAUCCAUCCCCAGGCAUCGGGCGGGUGCUUCUGUUCCUCUCCUGCUGGGUCCCUGCUGGGCACCGUCCCCAAAGUGCUGCAAGUCCAGGGUCCAUCCCUGGAGCAAGCUCCAGGAGCACCUCCAGCAGAUGGCCUGGUAACGCCACGGCACAGGACACCCAACAGAAAAUCAGAAGGACACUAAGUCUGAUCGUUAGAUUAACAGAGCAGCGAUCUGGACCAAGGACAGAAGCCAGGGUGUCAUUUCUGCCAUGCACCCACCAAAACAGCUGAUCAGAUCUAGGGAGAAAGCCAUCCAAGGACUCUGCUCCCCUUAAGCUGCUGGAAUUGUGGCCAAGCCUCAACACUCACACACUCUGGGUGCCCAGAAGGUGAGCAGGCAGCAGGUGUGCCUGCCCAGCACCAGCCCAGACAUCAGACACCCUGUCCACCCUUCUGGUUUUCUGAGACUAACAGGCUCCCAGGACGAUUCUUCCUGCCUCACAAAUGCCUGGUUUAUCUUUCUUUGUGAAGAUGGAGCUGUCACAUAAAACAGCUUUCUGUGACCCUUUCAGCAAAUCCUGAAAACUGCCGAGGGAAGCCAUGGAUGCGACUACUCCAGCCCAAACUGUUGGGGUGGAGAUCUACCUAGGUCCCGUGUGGCCAGCCCCUUCCAACAGCACCCCUCUGGCCCUCAACUUGUCCCUGGCACUGCGGGAAGAUGCCCCGGGGAACCUCACUGGGGACCUCUCUGAGCAUCAGCAGUACGUGAUUGCCCUCUUCCUCUCCUGCCUCUACACCAUCUUCCUCUUUCCUAUUGGCUUUGUGGGCAACAUCCUCAUCCUGGUGGUGAACAUCAGCUUCCGGGAGAAGAUGACCAUCCCAGACCUGUACUUCAUCAACCUGGCGGCGGCCGACCUCAUCCUGGUGGCUGACUCCCUGAUUGAGGUGUUCAACCUGGACGAGCAGUACUACGACAUCGCAGUGCUCUGCACCUUCAUGUCCCUCUUCCUGCAGAUCAACAUGUACAGCAGCGUCUUCUUCCUCACCUGGAUGAGCUUCGACAGGUACCUAGCGCUGGCCAAGGCCAUGCGCUGUGGCCUCUUCCGCACCAAGCACCACGCACGGCUCAGCUGUGGCCUCAUCUGGAUGGCCUCAGUGUCCGCCACGCUGGUGCCCUUCACAGCGGUGCACCUGCGGCACACGGAGGAGGCCUGCUUCUGCUUUGCUGAUGUCAGGGAGGUGCAGUGGCUGGAGGUCACACUGGGCUUCAUCAUGCCCUUCGCCAUCAUUGGCCUCUGCUACUCCCUCAUCGUGCGAGCCCUCAUCCGGGCCCACAGGCACCGCGGCCUGCGCCCACGCAGGCAGAAAGCCCUGAGGAUGAUCUUCGCAGUGGUCCUUGUUUUCUUCAUCUGCUGGCUGCCGGAGAACGUCUUCAUCAGUGUCCACCUACUGCAGUGGACGCAGCCAGGGGACACUCCCUGCAAGCAGUCUUUCCGUCACGCCUACCCCUUGACAGGCCACAUAGUCAACCUUGCAGCCUUCUCCAACAGCUGCCUGAAUCCCCUCAUCUACAGCUUCCUGGGAGAGACCUUCAGGGACAAGCUCAGGCUCUAUGUGGAGCAGAAGACGAGCCUGCCGGCUCUGAACCGCUUCUGCCAUGCCACGCUCAAGGCCGUCAUUCCAGACAGCACAGAGCAGUCAGAGGUCAGGUUCAGCAGUGCUGUGUGAGAGGAAAAGGUCAGGGGCGCAGGCUGGUGCUCAGGACUUGCACACACCUAGCACAGGUGGUGAGUGGGCUAAGCUAUGUCAUACUCUCAAACCCCAGUGGCUUGGGGAAGACGUCACAUUGCGGGGUCAUCUCUGGAGCUGCUGGCAUCCUUCCUGACUGUCCAGCUCAUGGAUGCUGCCAUCCAGAUUCAAGGUCCCAAGGCAGCGGGCCACGUGACAUUGACCUCUGACCUCAAAGGGCACCAGGCGGGCCUGCUGCUUGGCUUUCUUUCCAUAGCCUACGUUCCCAGAACACAAGUCUGCUGUUGAUACGAGGACAGGCCAUGCUAUGGGAGCACCAUGUUACAUGCCUGCUACGUGGAGGAGUCUAGAGACAGACUUUAUGUACCAGACCCAAACUGGCUACCUUCCCUUUGCUUGUGAUGUGUAACUGACCAUGUAUACACCGUCCAGUGCAGCCAGAGCCUUCUUCCUGUCUUCCAGAAGGCUGUGAGGUCACCCCAGAUGCCACUCCUAACUCCUGAGUGAACAGCGUGUCUGACUGAGAAAGGCCCUUUAACAAAACGCCUUCCUGCUCUGGGAUGCUCCUCUCACAAAGUUUGUUUACAAAGGUGUUUGCCCUUCCGUGAAGGUGGAAGGAGACUGGGUGCUGCUGUGCAGGCUGGUGGGAUGCCGCCAUAAGAUGUGUGGUAGAAGGACUUACCACCACAGAAAAUCAUACUGGGAACAGCGAGCUGUAAAUGGAUCUCAUUAAAACGUGAAAAGAACCAA